AUGGACGACCCGAAUCGGCUAAGGAGGCAGAAUGAACCGCCGGUUCAUUCAACCCCCAACCAGAGAUACUCGCUCAACGAUCCCUCCCAGCCGCGCCGUUCUAUCGCCGGAGCCUCCAGCGACAGGUACCGGCCUGCGUCCCUCGCUUCCUCGUCUCCUUCAGCAGCAGUGCGAGGGAUGGGGGGCUCGGGCAACUACAGCAGCUACUAUCCCGAACCCAGCGCAUCCUUCUCGACGGCAAACAUGCCUGGGACGGCCAUGGCUUACGGGUCCGAGUACGGCCAGGACUCGCGCCAGCAGCCUCAGAGCUUUGGCGGCUACAACACAGCCGCGACCAUGAUGUAUAACGUCGCCCAGCCUGGGGCGCAAAACCCCGUCUACGAUGCGCAGCAAUUUGGGUCACGGCAACCUGCAGCUAUGCAGAUGAUGACGCCGGAUGUCGCCUCGACAUACUUCGGAUCCGAGACGGGAAGCACAGGCGGUCCGGGCCUGCAACAGUCGGCGCAGGGCUCAAGCGGAUCUGCAAACGUGUACCAGCAGAGCAAUGCCAUGAAUUAUGCGAGCAACAUGUCGAGCGUGGGCGCAAUUCCCCAGGCGACCGCGAGCACCGAUGUUUCCAUGGCAGAAGAUCACGAGUACCCAGAUGGCGCACUAGAGGAGAAAUGGGUCAACUACCAGAGACAAUUGGGCACCAUAUUCCAAGAGAUCAUGAAUGGAUCCCUAGAAAGCGCAUCCGAGACAUUACUGAGCGUCACCAGCUGGCUGUUGUCUCAGGUGGCAGACCUUGGCCUCAAUUUAGACGAUACAAACCUCCACGCCGAUCGAAUCAAGUUAUGGGACGAUUUUAACCACGCCUGGCUAGGCCUAGGCCAGCGCCAGAUGGAGUUGAUGACUUCAUCCCAGCCAUCGAGAUCGCAGAGCCUCAUGUCAAAGGCCAUGAUUAAGAAGAUGGGUAACGAAUUAAUACGUUUAUGCGACGGGAUCGAGCGCCACGGACUCGUCGACUACCAAUACGGGGUAUGGGAGGAACAGAUAACUGCCGUUCUCGAAGACUGUCUGGACCUCUACGAAGCCUCAGAAGAAGCCAGCGGAAGCGGCGGAGCUCGAUAA